AUGAGCGCCCACGUCGAAGCCUACGCCGCCCGCGCCAUGCGCCGCACAAACAGCUGGACGCCCGUCUUUGAGCGCCGCCAGAGCUGGAGCAAGGAAGACCACAAGCACGUCAUGCACAUGGCUUAUAUCGACGGCGUCAAGACUGGGCCUGGUUUCACGGAGCGAUAA